GUCAUACUGCCUGUUAAAGCCCCCUGGACCCCACUAUCUUGUCUGUUGGAGCCCUGCUCUGUGGGCAAAACCAGCGGCGGCCCCCAGUAACCAGAGACCCGCACAGGCCGCUAGAAACUUGUAGUCCCCAGAACCUGACCGACCUGUCAAUCAUGCCCUUUGGGAAUUGAAAGGGUUGAGAAACACUCCCAUUUUCCAGGAUUCGGGAGUCGAGCUUGAUUUGCAGCAAAUCCAAGACCAUGUUAUUUAUUGUCUACUGUCUGCUGAACAUCUUGUUAGGAUUGGUGGCGGACGGAUGAGUUCGUACCCCAGCUCUCAUCCUCACGUUAUGGUAGGCAGAAAGCUGAACUUGCAAAGUAGGAUGUAAGAAGAAAAAGUGCAAUCAAAGUAGAAAUGAAAGAACCAUCAUGAAAAAGAUCUCAAAGAGGAGAGAAGAUACAGAAAAAAAGAUUAACCAAGGCGAAAAAUCUUUAACUCACCUACUCAUUGAUGAUAAGAUAUAUCAAUGGCCUAAGACUGAAGUCUCAUUCGAUGAAGGCCUUUCGUUUUUCAUGCCGCGUGGUGACAAAGGCUCCGAUUCAGGCCGGUGUUCAGAGCAGAGAUCAGUAAAUGACAGCUAUCCCAAACACUUUUCACUUGAUGAUAAUUUACAAAAUUUUGCUGAAGACCAAGGUGAAGAUUUUAUGCAGGAAGUCGUUUUUCCAGAUUUACUUGAAGUAAAAGCUGCUGAAUAUGAAGUUGAUCAAGAACAAAUCAGAAAACAACAGGCAAACAUUUUUGUGCCAAGUAAUUCUCCAGUGGCCAACGAGCAUAAACUGCCAAAAGAUAUGAUGCCACGCAUUUUAGAAGAUGAAGGAUUCUAUAUUCAGAGAAAACCAGAAAUCCACAAAAAGACCUGCAACAAAAUGGAAAAUCGCCUACUUACCGUAGAAGAGGGGAAGAGUUGGUUUGAAGAAAGUGGAGAAAUUAUGUCAUUACCUUCACCCAUCAGACAAUCGUGGAAUUUCAGGCUAAACACAAGCAAGGGAUCUUUAAAUCCAGCACUAAAGACCAUAUACAGAAAGGCAGUGAAACCUGAUCUGGAAAGCUCUAUGAGGAACAAAAUGGAAGGUCAAAGGGAAAUGUAUCAAUUAGAUCUUAACAUUGUGGGUUUGCAGUUCAGCCAUCAUCCUCUCUUCAAUCAAGAACAAGUGUUAUGUGCUAGGCUGCUUCAACUUUAUGAGUGUUUUCAGGACAGGCAGCAACAGAAUUUACCUCAGCUGCUUUAUGAGAAGCUGAUAGCACUGAGAGACGCUACCAAAUUAGCAAGUGAAAAUUUGGAAAUAAGUCAGCUAACCAAAAAAUCUUUACAAGAUUAUUAUUGGCAGAUAAGUAAUACAAAACAGCUUUAUGAUUUAGAAAGAGGAAAAGACUUCUCCCUAUUACACAGUAUAUCACGGACUUGGAAACAAAUAAAAUCCCUCCGACAACAGCAAGGGUUUACAAGCACCCCAGUAAAGUUACAGUUUCAAAGGGUAAAAAUGAAUAAAUGUGAUGAGCAAAACCAAGAAGAACUGUUAGAAAUGUCUGAGACUCAGAAGAAAACUGAAGGAAAAGCAUUUAAGAAUGGGGAUAAAUGGGAGAGCUUCUCAUACUUAGCUUCAGAACUUGAAGAAACAGAUAUUGAAAGAAUAAGACCAAUUACCUUGAUGCCACAACUUUCUUUCACUACAGAAUUAACAAACUUAUCCAAGUGUUCACUGCAUGAACAAAAGAGGAGAGCCAAAAUUCAGAAGCUUAAAUAUUUUAUUAAAAUAUUAUCCAACGAUAAACAGGUUUCUUGCACUUCCGUUUCUCCCCUACAGUUUGAUUUUAAAGUCAUGUUUCAGCAAAUUUUCAAUAUUCAGAUAAUAUGUUGGCCAGAAACAAUUUGCUUGGAGGUUUAUGAAGUAAGUCAAAGGACAAGCUUACUGGCAAAACUGUAUUUACCUUUACCUACCAGCACAGAGGUGAAAAGCAAAACUGUUUUGGAAUAUGUAGAGUUUAGCUCUGAUGAGCUGGUCACACCUGCUUAUGGAGAAGUAGGAAGCAAUGUGCCUUUUAUUCUUGAGGGAAAUGCAACUGAAGAACUUUGUCUUUUGACAUCAGGAAAACUUAGCUACUGUCUAUCAUGGGCUUUAGACGAAAAUGGUAUUCCUCUGACACCCAAGUCGCAGUCCUUAAGAUCUGCUCACUGCAGUGUGUUAAGGAAUGUAGAUGCAAGAGGCGUUCCUGGAAUUCCAUGGCUCAUUAAUGCACGGAAGCUUUUUGAAUGGGCAAACGAAGUAAAAAUUGAUCCAAAUAAUCCAGAAUAUUCUGAUUUAAUGGAAUUUCUCAUGUACAUGAAACAUAAAGGACAGGACAUUCCAAAGUAUUUUCGUCUUGAACAGAUGCAAGAUGAAUUUAACUUUGUCUCUGAAGAGGAAAUGGAAAAGAGUAAACGUUUCCAGCUAUUGCAACUUAGAAAUGCAGGUCAAUUAGAUGUUUUCCUUCUGCAGCAAAUGCCUCUCUAUGAUAAAGAGAUUCCAGAUUUAGUCUUCCAGGAAUAUGAAACUCAGAUAGAGAAGGAUAUCCCCAUUUCAGACGUCAAUUCUAUUACUGCACAACGGAUUAAUUCUGCCAAUUUUCUGAAAAAGAUGAAAAAGUUGAUAAUGAGAAGAAUUGUCAAAGUUAGCAAAGUUAACUUAUCGGAUGUUGUGGCUGAUUAUGAAGAAAUUGUAUCUGCAAGCCAGUUGACAUAUGCAGUUUGUAAGCUUGUUGAACGACAAAGAAAGUUAAAGCCUCAGAGGAAAGAAAGGAGAAAGGUGGCCGCACAGACUAUCUGUGAUGGAGAUAUUAAGAUUCUUGUUAGAAUACUGCGGGCUUACAAUAUUCCUACCAGAAACACAACAGUUAAUAGAGCCUUGGAUCUGCCCACUUAUUUGAUAUCAUCCGUAUCUCACCUCAGACAUAAGGAAACAGUCAAAUCAAUAUCUUCAGAUGAGAUCUUAAAUGAGGGUACUAUAUACCCUUUUGUGGAAGUUUCCUUUCAACACACUGUAUACCGAACCAGUACUGCAAGUGGAUCUCAUCCAUGCUGGAACGAAGAAAUUAAAGUAGAUUUUAUCUCACCAGGACAUGAUUAUAGCUUCUCAAGCUUAUCUAAAAUAAAAGAUAAUAUAUAUAUCAACAUUUUUGAUGAAAUGAUUAUUGAAAACCAGGAUCCCUAUUGCAAGAGCUGCAGUAGUUAUUCACAUAUAAGAAAGAAUUGGCUCGGGUCCAUUGUCUUCCCUUUCUCUGCUCUUCUGCAACAAUCUGAGAUUAGCGGAACAUUUCAAGUAAAUACUCCGCCAGUUUUGCUUGGGUAUACUUGGAGUAAGACUCAUGUGUCUCCUAAAGAAGAUUAUAAUGGGCAGAAUUUUAAAGAAUCUACCUUCUUAAAUAUUUUUGCUACCAUUGAACCUCAAAUAUCAUAUGUCACCUGUAAUCCAGAACUAGACAAGUUUUCAGAUCAAACAGAUGUUUUCAAGAGAGCACAGAUUUUUAAAAAAAGUUGUCAGGCGAUGUUUCCCAACCGAAGAGUCACAGCUACUGUCUUUAAUGGUGAAGGGAUACAGAUCUUAGUAACAAGAUAUAUCAAGGCAUUAAACCCACCUCAGCAACUCCUGGAUAUAUUUCUUCAUGAUUCUAAUGCAACACUUGACCUCAUUGCUCGCUUUGUAUCUUUGAUUCCUGUUGUGCCCGAUGUUCUGGAUGAAAAUGAUGGUUUUGAUAUAUGGAUGACAUCAGAGCGCUGCAUCAGUUUGGCUAUUGGGAAUAAGGAAGAGCAUGCCAUACUGCUCUGUAAUUUCUUUCUGUAUUUUGGAAAGAAAGCUUUAGUCGUCCUGGGGACUUCAAUGUUGGAAGGGCAAGUAGCUUAUGUAUUAACUCAAGAAACUGAUGAAUAUUUGCUUUGGAAUCCAUUAACUGGGCAAUGUCAUAAGCAGUUUGACCCAUUUUGUCCCUUACAAAGUGUGGACUGUUUGUUUGAUGAUGGAAAUGUCUGGUUUAAUAUUCAACAAAAUAAUACACCAAUGGCUGUACAUUUUGACUAUUCAAAAGAAAGUUUCUGGAAACAGUUGCUUCCAAAAGAUUUCCAAGGGACAAACGCACAAAGCAUACAGCCUGAGGAAAUAAUUUAUUGUGAGACUAAUAAAAGCAUGAUAGAAGAUCUAAAGAACAGGAUUGAGAGGACUCUGAAAUGUAAAAUGAUGGAAUGGCGACCUAAACAGCCAACACGCUGGAAUCGACAAUGUACUUACAUUUUGCAAAAAAUCCUUCCUAAGCUAGAACUUGGCACUGGAAGCUUUGUUUUAUCUGAAGAAGAGGGUGAAUUUGAAAGACUACUCCAAUUUUAUUGGGUCACAGGAUUUCCUAUCCAGAUGCCAUACACUGAUGUGCAGUCAAUUAUUGACGCUGUGUAUCAAACUGGAAUUCACUCUUCUGAAUUUCCCCAGACAGAAUUUGCUCUAGCUGUAUACAUUCACCCAUACCCAAACAACGUAUUAUCUGUGUGGGUCUAUUUGGCUUCCUUAGCUCGACAUGAGUGAAAAGAAGGAAAAAGGAAAAAAAAAAUAUAUAGGCUAUGGGCCCCUCGCCCAAAGCAAUCAA